GUCGUGUCGUCAUCAGUCAUCGUCGGCAGCUGUUGGCUAUAGCGACAGUAUAAAACGCUAUGGCCGAGACGCACAACUUACGUGACCUACCACAACCGUCUGCCACAGCAAAAGUAUUCAUCCAGAGAGACUACAGCUCAGGAACUAUCUGCAAGUUCCACACCAGAUUCCCUUCUGAAUUGGAGUCCAGGUUGGACAAGCAGCAGUUUGAGGAGACUAUCCAGGCUCUGAACAAUCUGUAUGCCGAGGCAGAGAAACUGGGAUGGAGGUCUUACAUGGAAGGCUGCCUGUCCUGCCUAACUGGGUAUACUGUUUUCCUCUGCAUGGAAACCCAUUUUGAAAAGGUGUUAAAGAAGAUUGAUAAAUACAUCAAGGUCCAAAAUGAGAAGGUCUAUGCUCCCAGAGGUUUGCUGCUGACUGACCCCAUUGAGCGAGGUCUCAGGGUUGUGGAAAUCACACUCUUCGAAGACAGAAGUGUGAGCUCUGAAAGAUGAAGAAUGUAUCUAUGAUGUAUGAGUGAAUCAAUGUAAUGUAUAUUUCAACUCAUUUCAUUAUUUAUUUCCACCCUUUAUUUCCACAUUUGCAACAUAUGGAUUAUUGUAUGUAACUUCAUUCAAAUAUGAAUGGUAUAUUUAUGUUUUGUAUGUUUACACCCAAGUGACAUCUUUGCUAGUUCUGCUUUUGAGCUGGAUUGUGACUUUAGUCAAUGAGGGACAAACGCAUAAUACCAAGUACAGUGGUACCUCGGUUUUCGAACGUCCCAGAAUUCGAACAAAUUGGAGUUCGAACAAAAAUUUCGAGAUUUCUUUGCUUCGGAUUUCAAACAAAAUUCCAGAACUGGAACGCCCCCGAAAUAAGCCGGAAAAAACAUAACGUUGCGCGGACCGAUCAGCUGACCCACGACGCGCUUUGUUAUUGUGUAUAACGCAGCCUCUGUAUGCAGACGUGUCCCGUUGGCUCCAUUUACUGACUGUUUCUUCUUCAUAUUGAGGUGUGAAACCUUUCCUGUCUCCACACUGGACCGUGGUAGAGUGUCACAGGGGAGGUGCUCGCUCUCCACACCUCUGGAGCGCUCACUCCAGGGUUUGAUGUCCUGUUGUGGUCUGGAGCUGGGACAGGGAUGAGGCGAGUCUGGGACAGAGCGUUACUUGGUUUAUGACUUUGUCACUGCCAAACGGCCAUCUGGAACGGAUUGUGGUUGAGAACCAAGGUACCACUGUAUAAUCUAGCCUAAUAACUGUUAAUAAUACAGAAAAGCUUGGGGCACCUAUUUACUGGAGCAUAAAUUGAAUCUGUGCUUCAUGAUGUUAGCAUGCUGGUCCUUAAAUUGGCAUGAAUAUGACUCUUCUUUUUCAGUGUUUUGCCUCCCAGUUACAGAAUGUGUGAAACGCUGUGAUCCCACGUGUCUGUCACAGACCUGUAUAUCAUGUGCCAUUAUUCUGAAUGUUCUUUUGGAUGACAUUUAAAACCACACACAGACCUUAAACAUCGUCAUGGACAGAAUAGUGACACUACAGCACUGGUUUUUGAUGCGUUACUCAUAUCGUCGCAAAUAGGGAACCAUUUUCCUUGGCAAGUCAGUAUUUCAAGUGACAGGUGGUCACACUGUGUUUGGAUGUUUUGACUGUUUUUUUCUGUUUGGAAUGUCAUCUGCCCAAACCUGUGGGUUUCACAAACACUGCACUUCAGGAACAGCUGCAAAAGUUUGUAUUUUAUACAGCUUGUAUACUUUUCUUAUUAAUAUUAUGCAUAUUAAAUAAAUUAUCU